GGCGGGACCGGCCCGGCAUCAGGUUUGGGUGGCGUGCGGAGGCACCUCGGGAUUGUCUCUGGUUUAAAGUACACAACAGUAUGGUGAUUGCAGGCCAUGGAAUCCAUACGUGUGACAGCUAGAGAUCUAUGUGAAUAUGAUGACCUUGCAACAAGCCUGGUGCUGGAUCCUUACCUGGGUUUUCAAACCCACAAAAUGAACAUCAGUAAUCGACCCGUUGUAAGGAGACACCAAUACCUCAGGGACAUUCUACAAAAGUUUCUUAAGUCACGAGACUUGGAGACAGUGUAUCGGGCCUUGACGUUAGGAGAUUGGGCCUGGCAUUACUUCUUGCACAAAACUCCUCUUGAAGAAGAAAUAUUCAAAGCUCAGGUAUUCCGUUAUCUUCGAAUAUUCCUACCUGAAAGUGGCUUCGAAAUUCUACCUUGUAAUCGAUACUCUUCGGAAUCCAAUGGAGCCAAGAUUGUAUCCUUGAGAAAAUGGAAGGAGAAUGAUAAGAUCGAACUGCUUGUUGGCUGCUUGGCAGAACUUUCUGAGAAGGAGGAAUCUCUCCUGCGCCCAGGGGAGAAUGACUUCAGUGUGAUGUACUCAACUCGCAAAAAAUGUGCUCAGCUCUGGCUGGGGCCUGCUUCCUUCAUCAACCACGACUGCAGGCCAAACUGUAAGUUUGUUCCUACUGAAGGCGACCGGGCAUGUGUCAAAGUUCUUCGGGACAUUGAACCCGGAGAUGAGAUCACCUGUUAUUAUGGUGACAGUUUUUUUGGUGAAAACAACGAGCUGUGCGAAUGCUACACAUGUGAAAGGCGAGGAGAAGGAGCCUUCAGGAUGAAGAAACGUGACGUUGAGAUGGGCGCACUCUGUAAGUACGGGCUGAGAGAGACCGACAGUCGCCUGAGUCGUAUGAAUCAGAAAGGCAAAGGAAGACGGACCAAGGGAGCACGUGUUGAUUUGUAUCAGAAAACCGCAGAAAGGGCCUUGUGGCAGACUUCAGACAGAAGGCUCUCUUUAAAUUCGAGGAGAAACAAGCAAGGAAAAUGGAAAAGGCGGACCCCACGAAGCACUCACUCAAAGUCACCGUCUGCACUUCGAUCAAUGGCACUGCAGCUGCAGAACGCUCGGGGUGGCAAAGGAGAGAAGGCGGCAACCAAUGGGAGCUCAGUGGAGUAUCUGCCGAAUGGGAGCCAGACUGCUUAUCAUGGGAGGGAGUCUCCAUUGGAGAAAAGCAAGCCAGAAGGACUUCACCAGGGGUUUGGAUAUUCCUCUACGUUACAACUUCAGCCCACAGCUAAGAAAACUGAUCCUGAAACACCAGCAACAUUCCUGAUGCCAGAAGGCAUCCUCCUAAAGGAUCUGCGAGUGGAUUUAUUUGAUUGUGCAGAUCUAGCUGGGCCGUUGACCAAUUUGAAUGAAGCAGCUACAAGGAAAAAUGGGAGAGAUUUGUGGGACAAACCAGAGGCAGACCCAAUCCCAGUUGUCCUUCAAUGGCCAGAAGAAGUGUCCAGUCAGAAAGCUCCUACAAGCGCCAAUGGAGUCCUAGCAUCUAAACUCAAACCGAGAAAGUCAUCAGAGCCAGUUUUGAAGAAUUUUAAUGCUCCCGAUUUCGCAACUGAAGUAACCCUUCCCUUGCUGGACCAAGCACCAUUCAAACCACAGAGCACAAAUGGAGACCCUUCUCCAGGCCCACCUCCUGUUCAUUUACAGACUGCCAGCGAAAAGGUAUCUGGUGGCACCCUGACCAGGAAACGGAGGAGGAGGAGGCGGAAGAGGGCACUGAGAAGGAGGCUGAAUAAAAAGAGAAAGAGCUCUCAAAGCCCAGAGAUACUGCCAAGAAGAGCAUUUGGUUUGACCCAUUUUGUGAAAAUUGAUUUGAGCAAGGACGCUGUCCUCAUGAGCAGUGUCAACAAUAAAGCACAGAGCUCGGUAAAAGACAACACAACACCUCAGCAAAACUGCAGUCAAGGCCCCUGGGUUUCAGCGGACGAGAGCUGUCGAGCUGCGUGCUCGUUGGAAAUUCGAGAUGUCCGCGUCGUUCUGGAAGAUGUUUCAAAGAUUUGUGAGUCUGCCACUCGCACGUGGUAUGUUAGGAGGAGGUUGGCCGCAAGGCUGAGCAUGGGAGAAGAGGGAGGGAGCAGCCUGCUGGAUUCCAAAAUGGGGGCUGAGCAAAUGGCAGGUGAUGGUCCGUUGAGGACUUUGCACUGUGCUCAGCUUUGUUCACGUGCGAGCAAGUCAGCGAAGCAAAACAAGCGGACAGCUAACGGACAGAGAGCAGGUGGUCUGCAGUCACCAAAACAAACCAUCAAAAGGAAGGUACCGGAAGGUGAGGGAACAGAAACAGCGAAUGGACUGGGCUCAGCAGCCAGUAACGACCCGUGGCUUAAUGCAACCCAGCGCAAGCGUUCCAGGCGUUUCCUGAACUGCGCACAGGAGACAAGGAUGUGUGGCACGGAAGUGACAGGGCUGGGCCCAUCACAGGAUAGGGUGUGCGCCGAGGGCAUGCUGUCCCACAAUUGUUUUGUUUCCUCAGUGGAAGAUGGCAAAAGACCCACGGCUUUCACCCCAUUCGCUAGAUCCAAACGCCUGCGUCUGGUCGUCAGCCACGGUUCCAUAGACUUUGAUAUCUCCUCUUCAACGAGUGAAGAUUCUAUCUGAGUAUUUCAUUGGGCCAGGAAGUGUUUCUUUCCACCACCCCCUCCCCCCCUCCCCACCCAAUCGCCAUCGUAAAGAGAGAUUCUGCGAAAUGGACAAAGAAAUUCUAUUUCUACUCCUCCUCGCAUUUAGAGAGAUAUAAUGUUAAAAUGCACUCCUCCUGUGUUAUUUUAUUGGUUAGCUCAGUGAUUGAACUGUAGCUGUUUCCCCAGUUUGCACAACGAUUUUGCCACUUUGAGAUGGUGGGGCUAUGCUUGCCAUCGACUUUGCACUCUCAAGAGUGGGACUGAGCCAAGUCCAACUGGAAGGCCCAAGGGCAUUGAUAGCCCACCUUUGCAGAUGUCGCCUGAUCUCAACUGGAACAAGGGUGCUUGGCACUGUUGUUGGCCGCAGUGUCAUUAGGAGGGGAGGGAAUCGGCCAAUCUCUACUGGAAAAGGCAACCUUCAGAGCCUGGUGAGAACAAAAUCAGCUGGAUGCUCUUUGGACCAAACAGCUUGCUUAACAGUUCAGUGUCUGGGUUAACAAGGGCACUUGACUGAGGUACCAGGGAGUUGCUAUUGUCCUGGAUCUGCGGGAGUCAUGAGAGGACGGGAGGGUCGAGGGACUUAAAGGUACAAAGAUAUAUCGCUGUGCAAACUAGGAAGUGGCUGUGUCUGUCCUGCUGGUUGGUUUGGGCAGUGGAUUCUUAAAGUAAAUGGCUCAUGAACUGGCAAGUCACAUAGCAUAUAAGGAACAGCUUAUGAAAGUGAGAUUUGUUUGAGCUUUCCUUCAAGUACCUCUUCAAAUAGAAUUUGAAGUACUCUCUCACACCUUCUCGACUCAGUCCCAGGGACAAUAUGUAAAGCUUCGUAUAACCUCAGGAUAACAACUUUUGGUGCUUAUUGAUCAGCUGAUGUGCUUGAUAUCCUUCCUCAUAUGAGAAAAGUAAAAAUGUCUUUUUUUUAAAGCA